AAAAUUAAAAAACAAAGAAAGAGAGAAUCGUAACGCAUAAGUCAUAAACCCCUGUUUGAAUUGUAUAUAUACCAAGCUUCAAUGAGCAAUAACUUUAUCAUAUUGCUCUCCUUCCAUCAAAAUUAAGCAAAAAAUCGAUUAAAAGAAAAAAGAGAGAGAGAUCAACAUGGAAAAAACAGAAGCUGAUGCAUCGCUAAUAGAACAAUUAGAGGGUUGGCAGCAAAUGUCUGCAUUUGCAGGCUCAAUGGUCCUGAAAUGUGCGGUGGAGCUACGCAUUGCUGAUAUUAUACACUCGCAUGGUGGUCCAACCACAUUGUCUCAAAUAGCUUCUGAUAUUACCAGUUCAUCUUGUCCAGAUAUGUCCUACCUCGAACGCAUCAUGAGAUUAUUAGUCCUGAAAAACAUCUUCACCGCGCAUCGCCCAUCGGACGGUGGAGAAACUUUGUACGAUCUCACACAUCUUUCUAGAUGGAUAUUAUGGGACUCCAAACCAAGCCUUGUCCCCUUUAUACUAUUGGAGAAUUACCACAGCCAAUGUGUCAAAGAUGAUGAAGAUGGUGGUGAUAUUUGGGACUUCGCAUUGACAAACCCCGACUUCAACAACUCCUUUGAUGAUGAUGCUAUGUCAACCACCACCACCGUUGAUAUUUUGAUAGAUGUGUUUUUACCAGCAUAUAAAGAUGAAUUGGAAAGUGUAGGAUCAGUGGUGGACAUUGGGGGUGGAUCGGGAAGAACCAUGCAUGAGGUUGUGAAAUCUCAUCCACAUAUCAAAGCCAUCAACUUUGAUCUACCACAUGUUAUCGCCACAGCUCCAAAUUUUCAAGGGGUUUCUCACAUUGGAGGUGACAUGUUCGAGAAUAUUCCCAGUGCAGAUGCAGUUUUACUAAAGGGCAUACUACACGAUUGGAGCCACGAAGAAUGUGUGAAAAUUCUACAAAAUUGUCACAAUGCAAUACCUGAAAAAAAUGGAAAAGUUAUAAUUGUGGAUAUUGUUCUUGAACAAGAAGACAAUAACAUACCCGAAGAAUCGCAAAUCACAUCGGAAUUAAAGACGAUGGUAUUGACCAACAGAAAAGAAAGAACAGAGGUGGAAUGGAAAAAGUUGUUAAAGGAAGGAGGUUUCCCCCAACACAGAAUCAUCAAAUUUCCAGCUAAACAAUGCAUUAUUGUGGCAUAUCCUAUAUGAUAA